AUGGUUUGUCAUCAUAUUCCCUUCAGUACGGACCCAUAUGAACAAGACCAUGGUAUCACUCUUCAUCAAUAUUUCCAAGGCCUUCUAGAGUCAAGGCUGGAAGCUGUAAUAUGUCUUUCGGAGAAGGAAUCAUUCUUUGAGCCAGGCAGUAGUCGCUACGAUGAUUUUGCGUAUAUGCAUGUCUUCGAAGGCACUGACACCCAUUACGGUGCUGCUUUCUUGCCCUGGCAUCGAUACUUUAUUCACACAUUCGAGAAGGCUUUGAUAGAAGAGUGCGAGUUCCAUGGAUCUCUGCCGUACUGGGAUUGGGCAUUAGAUGCUCAUGACCUGGCUGCGUCUUCAAUCUUCGAUCCCAGUAGUGGUUUCGGUGGUAAUGGUAGUAGUGUGAGCGCAGUGCAGCCCAAGCUAUUUGGGGGCUACUGCGUCAUGGAUGGUCCCUUUACAAACGCGACUCGACACUGGCAAUCCAAAUCCAAUGGGUAUGGGUUUGAGAUUUUACGCAACACUCACUGUCUCAGCCGAGGGUUUCAAACUGGAAAGAAAAAAUCCAAGUUGGGAAAUCGGGUUACGGCCACCGCUGUCAAUACCGUGCUUAACAUACCAACGUAUGAGGAAUUCGUUGAUGGGCUCGAGGUUCAAGCUCACAAUUCAAUUCCGCAGUUCGUCCAGGGGGAUUUUUACGGGUUGACAGCGCCAAACGACCCCGUGUUCUACCUACGCCACGCCCAGGUUGAUCGAUUAUGGUGGCUAUGGCAGCAGCAGGAUGCCGAGAACCGGGCCAACACUUACCAAGGCCCUGCAAAAAAUGUCAGAGUGCAUGGUAAUGAGUCCCUGAUUGGAUCGAGUCUGGAGGAUGUUAUCUCGCUCGGUAAUGUGUCAAAGCCGGUCCGAGUUCAUGAUGUAAUGAAGACAGAGUCACAAGUACUCUGUUACCGCUAUUAA